AUGCCCGGCUUCUUUUUCCAGGUCGUCGGUCAUGAAAUUGUCGGCAUUGUAGAGCGCGUCGGCGCAGGUGUCCCCCACCUGACUAGCUCUCCGGCCUCGGCGACCAUCCGCACAGGUGACCGCGUAGGUAUUGGUGCCCAGAGUGGCUCAUGCCUCCGCUCUGACUGUGAGGCCUGUGCCGACGGUCAAGAAAGCUACUGCACACGCAUGACAGGGACCUACAACGGACGGUACCCCGACAAAAGCAAGUCCUUUGGAGGAUACGCGGCGCGGUGGCGUGGCCCGGCGCAUUUUGCCGUCAAGAUUCCAGACACGCUUCCCAGCGCCGAGGCGGCUCCUCUACUCUGCGGCGGCGUCACUGUAUUUGCUCCCUUGCGCAAAUGGGGGCUGGCGCUCGGUGCAGACCGAGUCAUUGCCAUUUCGCGGUCGUCUAGCAAGAAAGCGGAUGCGAUGCAGGGACUCGAGGCUGAUGCAUUCAUAGCUACAGGCGAGGAGAAAGGAUGGGCGAAGACGCAUUCGCGAAGCAUUGAUAUCUUGUUGUCAACUGUUUCUGGGCCCGGAAUGCCCUUGGGCCAGUAUUUGCGACUUUUGAAGCGCGACGGGGUGUUUAUUCAGGUUGGAGCGCCGGAAGAUGCGCUGCCUCCGUUGAUGGCAUUCUCGUUGAUUCAGAAAAGUGUUAAGAUCACCGGGUCGAAUAUCGGAUCUCCGGAGGACAUUCGACAGAUGCUGGCGCUUGCGGCGGAGAAGCGGGUUCUGCCGUGGAUUCAGAAGAGACCAAUGGAGGAGGUUAAUGCUGCCUUGACGGAUAUGCAUGAUGGGAAGGCGAGGUAUCGCUAUGUACUCGAAAAUGGCGAGAAGCAAGCAAAGUUGUAA